UCAUUAAGGACAAGUAGCUAGAGAAAUGUCACUGAGACGAGUUUGUGAGAUGCAGUAUAAGAUUUCCGUCCCGCAAGAACGAUUCUGGGACCGUUUUGUCUGCAAUGCGGCUUACUUGGCUAAUAGAAAACUUACAUACCUUAGCCCAUCUGUUCACUGGACUCAAAUGGAAAUUGAGUCAGUGGAUCACCAGACGAAAACCAUGAAGCAACGGUUCGUCAAACCUGCAUUCGUUGAUGGCUAUAAGUUGAUUGCAGCAACUACAAAAGUUAUUGACGACGAGCCCAGUGGCUUGAAUUGCCUCAUAGACAUCACUGCGGAGUACGAAAAGAGUGGCCGUGAGAUCAAAGACCUUGAAGAAGUCCAAUUCCUUGUGGGGAAUAUUGAGGUAAUGGGUUUUCUUUGCCGUGUUGAUGACAUUAUUCCCGGUUAAAUCAAUCCAUGCCGUAAUCGAAGGAGGGUUCAUCUCUUUCUCAGGAGUCAGGCCAUAAAUUGAACCCGCCCCCAAAAUAUAUAUGUGUGAGUGAGUAUUGUAUCCUCGAGGGUCAUGUCCCAUGACUUGCAUUAUC